GCGCCUCGGUUUACUUGCUUUGUUUGUCCUCGAGCUGUUUUGGCUUCAGACUGAGAGACCGGAGAGACGACUGAAGACACAACCGACAUCCUGACAGCUUCUCUCUGUACCCGAGUCGCGUUAUAAGCAGCCGCACGGCAUAUUCAUUAGGUCAUAACUGUGUAAUAACUGUGACAGAGAUGCCGUCCGACAGACCCUUCAAACAAAGGAGGACAUUCGCUGACCGAUGCAAAGAGGUCCAGCAGAUCCGUGAUCAGCACCCCAACAAGAUCCCAGUGAUCAUUGAGAGAUAUAAGGGAGAGAAGCAGCUCCCCGUUUUGGACAAGACCAAGUUCCUGGUACCGGACCACGUCAACAUGAGUGAGCUGGUCAAGAUCAUCAGGCGUCGGCUGCAGCUGAACCCCACGCAGGCCUUCUUCCUGCUGGUCAACCAGCACAGCAUGGUGUCAGUGUCCACACCCAUCUCUGAGAUCUACGAGCAGGAGAGAGACGAGGACGGCUUCCUCUACAUGGUCUACGCCUCGCAGGAGACCUUCGGCUGCUAGGGAGGGGGAGGGGGAGGGAGAGCGGGACAUCUUCAGGUGCUGGGAGGACAGGGAGAGGGUAGAAGGGGACGCAUGAGGGGAAAAGAGAGGCACGUGGUGUCAUAACCGACCAGAAACCACCAAACUCCAUGAUCCUCUCCACUUUGUUGCAUUGCAGGCCCACGUAGCAGCACCCCGUCAGUCAGUGUACGUGUGACAGACACCCCUUGUCCCUCUCUCUCUGUCGUAGUCGAGCACCCUCUUCAUAUUGGUCAGUACAACACUAGCUACAAAAGCCAGAGGACACGUUGUGUGUCUUUCCUGCCCUCAGAGUUAGAAUCAUACCUGUGAUAGCUCCGAGUGUUUCUAGUUUGAUUUUCUCUCUUGUUCUGUUGGUCCCACACAGACUGAGUUCUCUUAUUUUGAAAAGGUGGGACAAACCAACCGAUGACUUUGGAGUUUGGAAUCAACAAGUAAAAUUCUCAUCCUUAAAAAACUAUACAUAAAUGUGUGUUAGACGAGCUAAACUUGAAACCAGGCGGUCGCCUGCGAGCCAGUCAGGAUGUAAUUUGAAGCUGGGCUGAUGGAGUCACUGAUACCGCUCCCAGUUUAAAGCCUCUGAUGGAGGUGAGAACAGGGCUCAGCCAGGUUCAGAACUCCCCAGUGAUCUGCCGUGUCAGUCUAUAUUCUCGUCAUUGCAACAGCAGUAGUGCAAGCUAGAAGGUAGAUUGGUAGUAAUUGUUGUUUUACCUUUUUAACUUUUGUAAACUCACAUUUUAGUUUUUUAAUUAUUGUCUUUUAUUUGAGAUAUUAGCUGUAGUUUGUGUUAUGUAGCUAGUUCGGAGUUUGUUUUAAUCAUACAUGUACCGUCAGCCUGAAGCUCAACUUGCCAACUCGCCACUGGCUACCGAGUAGCUGACAAUCAGGCUAAACGUGACUGUAAAACUCGGAUAUUUAACAGCAUUCAGAGUCAUUUUACAUGUGCAAUAUUUAUCCCCUUCCUCCCUCACACUUAGAAACUUUAACUGUCGGGUAACACAACACAACACGACUCCACUCCCUCCCUGUAAAGCUACUGUAAUGUAACUAACCGCUCAGUCACAGAAGGGAAGUUAGCAUUAGCAUCACUAACCACACGCUGCUACAUCCCAUCAGACAGGUCAACAGCAUGUUAACAGACGGAAACUAAUGUCUUAAAGCCCCUAAGCACAAAACACCCGGACGACCACGACUCGCCUGUCUUCCUGCACAAAGCCCCCCCACAUUUAGUUUGGAUUUUUUUGGUUGUAUGAGGUGCUUCUCCACAGUGUUACCUGCAGUAGAUGGUAGUUUGCAGGAGUUUCAACACAGAAAACAAAGUUCUGUACAGCUAAACUUUACUUUAGAAAUAAAAAAAAGUCAGUAUCCUUUUAGGUGCAUGCUAAAUUUAGAAUAAUUUUGCCUCCUUUCUGAUGGAGAACUGAAGCAGAUUUUAUCUACGAUCUGACAAAAACAUUGCUGGUCCACGCGUUUAGAACAGCAGCUCCCGUGUUCUGCAAGGAAAAUUACUGUUUUUCUCAAAGGAGUCUGGUGGCUUGAUAAAAGCACACAGGUCCCUCGCCUGUUGUUGAGGGAGAGAUGAAGGAGAAACUUUCAACCGAGUCUUUGUCUGCUGUCAACGCAGGAUGAGUCAUCAAACAUUUGGAACCGUUUUUCUUGGUUUUACAGGAAGAGAAAUUAGGGAUUUUUAUGUAAAAAAAAAAAACAACAACUAAUUUUUUGGUAUAUAUUUGGCAUAAAUCAUAAGAUGAAUGAACAUUUCACACAUGAACACAGGAUUAGAACUGGGAAAAUGUAUUUUUCAUUACACAGGGACACACAAAAUACAUUUACCAGCAGUACUGUUUGGUUUCUAUGUCAGUCCUCCUGCUUGCUUCUUUGAACCGCCCUCUACUGUCUACAACACACUGACUGGAUAAAUUCCUCAUACAACCGCACUUCAAAAAAGAUCCAAACUAAACAUUUUAUGACAUAAACAACCAAUCAGGUGAAGCAGAUUUAAAGGCCUACCCAGUAGAUUUUAGACCGUAAACACGAGACAUGUUCCAACAGUGCUGAAGUUAGAUAACUGCUUGUUUUGGAGGCAUUGUAUUUACGAGUAAAAUAAAAAUAUAUGAGAGUUAUUAUGAGACAAGCAGCCAUCUAGCUUGAACUGUUGGUUCGGAUCUGCAGCCCAGGAGGGGAAACCGUCUCCACACGGGGAAACAACGGAUUACAGGAUGGGAUGUUUUGGUUUUGACACACUGUGCGAGUUUUAUUUCCGUGUGGCCGGCGUGGGCAGCGCAGUGAGAUGCCAAUAAAGAUGAUGACAGAGCUGAUGCAGCCAGUGCCGGGCAGCAGUAGAAGCCAGGAUGUAAUCAAACCCCAGUAAACUUUCCAGCUGAGCUGAGGUGAACUCAGGCCCAGUGUGGGCCGUGAGGCGGCGCCCCCUCCUGGCCUCGUGUUACACCGCUUGUAAGAACGCCACGUGUGUCAUGGUAGCAUAGACUUGAGCAUUACACUAAUAAAAUGUAUUUAAUGUUGGAAAUGAAUGAGCUUCUUUUGCACAUAAAUUAACACAAAUAUAAAAAAGAGUUGGCAUAGAAUUUUUUAGGAAUUACUGUAUCUAUAUAACAAUUCUCUUCUUUUUUGUAUCUGCUCCUCUUCUCUCUGUCUCUCUCUCUGUCUGCCUUCGUUUAAUAACUUUAUAGACAAAAAAGGUUGUGUUGCACUACAAACCUUGCAUGUUUUGACUUUUUUUUUUAUAAAUGUAUAUUGAUUUUACGCAAUAGAUAUAAUUGUAUUGUUUGAUUUAGAGAAAAAAACAAGUCCUUUUUAGAUGUUUCCCAAACCAAAAACUGAAAAUAAGUGUAUGUGUAUGUUUGAAACAAACAAAAAAAUGUGUGCGUAUAAACGAUCAUAUAAUCAAACUGUAUUACAAAGCGUGUUUUUCUUUAGGCUUUCUGACAUUGUCACUAUUCGGAGGGGUGUAUAUAGAUGCAUUGCUACAACCUUAUUCAAAGCAUUUGCCAAUAAAUAAAAAAGUUGCCUUUAAAAUGUU